AUGGUAGCUAAGAAACUUCACUCAGAUCAGGGACGGAACUAUAAAUCAGUAUUUUUAGUGGAAACGUGUCAACUCCUUGGAAUAGAAAAGACUAGGAUGACAGCUCUUGAUCCAUUUUCUGAUGGCAAGGUGGAGAGAUACAAUCAUACUUUUUUACACCAAUUAGCCAUUUAUGUGGAAGAACAUAAGAAAACAUGGAACCAAGAUCUUAGACUGCUACUUAUGAGUUAUGAAACGGCAUUAUUACUUAAAGUGCCAUUGGACCUUUUGUACUCACAUCUGGAGGAUAAUCAUCCAGCAGCGUCGUACACAGGGUAUGCAGAAGGACUAAAGCACCCAAUUAAUGCCAUACAUUACUUUAUGCAAGAAAGACUUAAAUUAGCUAGUGAUAGAAUGAAAAGACACCAUGAGAUUAAUGCUGAUAAAAUUGGAUUUCGUCAAAGUAUGGUAUGGCUGUACAAACUGCUACACGAGAGAACAGUGAGAGAACAAACUCUAAAGUUAAGCAGGUGUUUGGAAGGACCGUACCUUGUGCGGAAAAGAAUCAAUGAUGUGGUUUACAGAAUUCACAAAGACAGAUGA